AUGAAGGGUUCUCACGGUGAUGUACCACGCGGCCGAAUGGCUGGCAAGAAUGCCAUUAUUACUGGCGCUGCUGGCGGCAUCGGACUCGAGACGACCAUCCUCUUCCUCCGCGAAGGCGCCUCCGUCCUGAUGACGGACAUCUCGGAGCCCGCCGUUGCCAAAGCGAUGAGCAAGGCGAAGGAGAUCGUCCCGAACAUGACCGGACAAGUCGCCACCAUGAAGUGCGAUGUUUCCAAGGAGUCAGACGUGCAAUCGAUCGUGGACCGUCUUGACGAAUGGGGUGGCGUGGACGUCAUGUUCAACAACGCCGGCAUCAUGCAUGGGGAAGAUGACGACGCCGUCUCCACCCCCGAGAAGAUCUGGGACCUCACCCACAACAUCAACGUCAAAGGCGUGUGGUUCGGCAGCAAACACGCCGUCCUCUCGCUCCGCAAGCACAAAAAGUCCCGCGGCAGCAUCAUCAACACCGCCUCCGUCGUCGCCCUCGUCGGCUCCGCCACGCCCCAACUCGCCUACACCGCCUCCAAAGGCGCUGUUUUGGCCAUGACCCGCGAACUCGCCAUCGUGCACGCCCGCGAAGGGUUCCGCUUCAACGCCCUCUGCCCCGCGCCGCUCAACACGCCGCUCCUGCAGGACUGGCUGGGCGAUGACCAGGCGAAGCGCCAUAGGCGGGAGGUGCACUUCCCGACUGGCAGAUUUGGGGAGGCGAUUGAGCAGGCGCAGGCGGUGUUGUUUUUGGCGUCGGAUGAGAGCAGUUUUGUCAAUGGGACGGAUUUUGUGGUUGAUGGGGGCAUGACCAAGGCUUAUGUUACGCCUGAGGGACCGGCGACGCAGGCGCCUGCGAACUUUGCUCGUUGA